AUGAAUCGUUUUCAGAGAAGCGAAUUAUUUACAUAUGGAGUUAAAUACAUAAGGACUGGUAAAUUUAAAGAGCAAAUAAAUUUCAAAAAGAUAAGAAGUGGAAAGAAGGAAGAAUUAGAAAAAGAAUUGGAAAUAAUUAGGAGUAACCAAAUAAAAUUUUUAGAAUUGUUACAUUUGGAUAAUCUAAAAACUCCUCAACCGAAGAAGUGGAAUAAGAAGAAAAUUGAACACGAAAAUUUUUUUAUCCAAAAUGGUAAGAAAAAAGAAAAACAGACCUCAAAUGAUGCUAUUAAUAUUGCUUCAAAUUCAACACUCGAUUCGAAGGAAAUUUUAGGGCGUUAUUCAAAAUGGAAGAAACUAGAAAAGACCUCCUUAACAGAAUCUUCUAAUAAUUGCAACAACACAUUCGUGAAGAGACAUCAUAAGAAUAAUGCACUUUUUAAACAACUUAGAUUGAAAAAAAACAAAUUUAAAGAUAAUGAAACAGAUAAGGCAUUUCAGGAAAAGAAAACAUAUUGUACCAAGGGAAAUAAAACCGAAAUGAACUUAAAUGAGUGUAGAAGUAGUGUAAACUAUGAAAACUUUAAAGACAGUAUUAUAAGCAAUAUUGUUAAGAAGAAAAAUGUGCCACAAAAAAAAAAAAUUCAUUUGAACAAUUUUUCCAUUACAAAUAGUUACAUAAAUAAAAAGUAUCAUAUAUAUGUGCGAAGGGAUGGAUUUGAAAAUAAUUAUAAAAUAUCCGAAAUGAAAUCUAUAGAAUUUUUUGAUGAUCUGGGAAAGAAAUAUAACAACGGAAAUGAUUCCAACAAAAUGCAAGCAACAUCGAAGGAAAGUGAAAUAGAAGACUCACAUAACUUACAAACAUCUUCUGUGAUGUAUGAAAAUAAAUACAAAAUUAUUAAAAAGAUUUAUAAAGCAUCCAUAAAUCACGUCAGAGAUGAAAAUUUGUGGAAAAAAUAUGUUCAGAACACAUUUAUCAUAUCAGUGUAUCUAGACGCAAGCGAUAUAGUAAUUCUAUUUUGGUGUUUUAGCAAAAUUGGAUACAGAGAUAAUAGAUUAAUAAAUUUAUUAUGUUCUCUUGUGUUAAAAAAAAUAAAUGAGCUUAGCUGUUGUGCUUUAGCAUUAUUACUAAAUAGUUUUAAAAAGUUAGAAAUAAAAAAAUAUGAUACUAUGGAAUUAUUAACAAAUCAGUUCUGUUUACAUGUUUCUAAAUGGACAUCUCAAGAUAUAGCAUUAGUUGCUAAUUCAUUGGCUUUUUUUUAUAUAUAUCACAAAACAUUUUGGAAAAAAUGUAUAUUAAAAUUGCAGAAUAAUUACUAUUUUUCGCAUUCUUUACACUUAUGUCUUAUCAUAUCAGCAUUUGCAAGAUUAGAUAUUAGAGAAGGUAACAUAUUAUUAUCUUUAUGCAAAUCAACAAAAAAAAUUGCAAAACAUUUUAGUCCAAAUAAUUUAGCUCUUGUUAUUCAUUCAUUUGCCAAGCUAAAAUUUUCUCAUCCAAAAUUUUAUAAUUUCAUGUAUCAGUUUGUUCAUAAAUAUUUAGAUAAUCAAUUACUUAUUGGGAAGUUAAACAAAAUUACAUCACAAAAUAGUAAUCCCAAUAUAUGUGAUAGCCAAAUUGGUGAAACUAAAAAAAAGAAUAGUGUAUUAACUCAGCAAGAAGAUAUUAAAAGUUAUAACUCAGAAAUGGAUGAAAAUGGAAAUUUUUACAAGAAAACUUCCCUUGAUGAAUAUUUACACGAUGAGGACAAGCUAACUUUGGACGAAAUAACAAAUAUGUGUAAUUCACACGAAGGGGUAGAAAUGCAAAUGGAGGAACAUUCAACCGAGGCAAUAAAUGAUGAUACCUGUUAUGUUAGUAAAAACAAUAAUAAUCUUACAGAUUCAUCGUUAAGAGAGAAUAAAAAAAAUGAACACUUCGAUUUGCAGUCCUUAGUAUUGCUACUAUUUUCAUGCACGUGUCUAAUUAGCUGCACAGAACAAAUGAUAUUGAAACUUACUUAUUUGAUAAUACCUCAUAAGGACCAUUUGGGAAAUCACAAAGUGGAAAAAUUGAAAUAUGUUAGUGAGUAUAUACAAUAUAUCUUUCCACAAACAUUUAAAAAUUUCCCCAAAGAAAUAAAAGAUUUUUAUUAUCAUAUUGAUACCUAUGAAAUUAAAAAAAAAAAAAUUAAUAAAUACGGUGCACGAUGGAUUAAUGAGUUAUCAAGAAUUCUAGCAAGAAUAAAUGUAAGUCAUUUGAAGAAUGUUUAUAUUAACCAUAUAUGUGCUGAUAUAAUGCUCCCAAACUCAAAUGUUAUUAUUAUGUGUUUAGGGCCAUAUAGCUAUUAUGUAAACUCUCUGGUAAGUACGUCCAUUGCUGAUUUGAAAAGAACAAUUCUUGAAAAAAAAAAUUAUAAAGUUAUUCCCUUAACAUAUCAUGAAUGGAACAAGCUAAAUGAUUACGAAGAAAAGAUUCAUUUUCUGUAUUCUUUUGGCAGAAAUGCAGCCAACUAUUUGUUCGUAAAUUCGAAAAAAAAAUUUAGAGAUACACAUAAAUUAGAUAAAAUGGAAACUCAGAAUAUUUCACCAUCAAUGGAGGAAGAGGAUUCACAAAAAGGAGGGUUCGAUGGAAGUGCACAACGUGAUCAAAACAAAGGCGAAGAAACAAUUGAGGAAGUAAAAUUUUCCCAAUUUGAUAAGUUCCUUGAUAAUUACAUAGAACAAUGCAAAAAUCCCCUAAAUCACUCAAAUAACAUUUCGGAUGAAGCUGCUGACUAUGACGAAGAUGAUGAAGAUGAAAUUGCUGAUUUUAUAAAAAAAGGAAUUAGUGGGGAUGAUCGAAAUAAAGAAAUUCGAGACAACAGCUACGACGAUAUAGCGGAUAUAAAGGAAUUCCUGAAGGCUGAGAAAGCAUGA